AGACACAACCAGGAACUAUUUUAGUACGCUGCUAAAUUUGUCUCCUGAAAACGAGCUCUCAGCCAUUUCACAUCACAUCUCUUAGCAUACUGCGCAACCCUACUCGAACAUUCUCAGCCAGACGCGACGCUCGACGUCUGCAGAUCGUCGGCUUCUGUUGCGUCUCUCCGACCUCCGCCAAGCCGCCAGCCUUCCCGCAGUCUCUGAAUCAUGGCGGGUCGCAAGGAGACGGUAUUGGAUCUAGCUCGGCUAGUGGACAAGGGGGUGUGCGUGAAGCUAAACGGGGGACGACAAGUGAUGGGCACGCUUAAGGGGUACGACCAGCUGAUCAACCUGGUGCUAGAUGAAGCAGUGGAGUAUGAGAGAGACCCAGAAGACCCGCUACGCCUGACAGACCAGACACGGCCAUUGGGGCUCAUCGUGUGCAGAGGAACUGCCGUGAUGCUGAUAGCUCCCACAGACGGCACGGAGGAGAUCGCCAACCCUUUCUUGCAACAAGAGGCAUCUUGAGGAAAGAAAACGGUUGCAGGGGAAACAGGGGAAACAAGGACACAAGGAAACAGAGGUGACUUUUGCAGAGGAAACAAGGACACAAGGACACAGGGACACUAAGACACAAUGAAACAGAGAGGCUCAUGAUGAGGACUUGUACUCUUUAUACUAGCCUCUUUACUGUAAGUGUAGAGGGUUCUGGGUUGUAACAUGU